GCGCGUAAUGCAUGCGGGGUCCUUGUAACCCUUCUAGCCGGCCCAACCAACGCCCAGCUUCCUAUCGUUGUCCUGUAACUCGUCCUGUUGGCCGUCCGUUCGGCCUUUCUGGGUUACUGGUUCAAUCCCCGUGUGACACCUUUGAUGAUUUCAAGCGGCUCGUCGCACUCGGUGUCGACCUUGAAGGCAAGAUUGCUCUUGUGCGCUAUGGCACCAUUUUCCGCGGCCUCAAGGUCAAAAAUGCCCAGGACCACGGCAUGAUUGGCGCUGUGAUUUUCUCGGACCCGGGCGACGACGGCAACAAUACCGUGGCCAAGGGCGUUGCCGCCUACCCUCACGGCCCUGCCAGGAACCCCAGCUCCGUCCAAAAGGGCUCCGUGAUGUUCUUGAGCCAGUAUCCAGGUGACCCCACCACGCCCGGCUACCCAUCCCAUGAAGGCGCCCCGCGAACCGGCACCGAAAAGGUGACGCCGCGAAUCCCCUCGAUCCCCAUUUCAUACGCUGCCGCAGAGCCCCUUCUUCAGGCCCUAGAUGGCCACGGGUUCACGGCUCAGGAGGUCAACCGCACACGCUCCUGGGGCGGCGCCCUGAACGCCACAUAUAGCACCGGUCCCGCCCCUGGCGUCAAACUGUCGCUGGUAAACCAGAUGGAGGGCAAGAUCACCCCUAUCUGGAACGUCAUCGGCCGCAUCAACGGCACCAACCCGGACGAGGUUGUCGUCAUUGGAAAUCACCGCGACACGUGGAUGAUUGGCGGGAAUGGCGAUCCCAACUCUGGAAGUGCCGUUUUGCUCGAGCUCACCAAGGCCAUUAAGAAGCUGCUCGAGACUGGCUGGAAGCCCAGGCGGACAAUUGUAAUUGCCUCUUGGGACGCCGAGGAGUAUGGGCUACUGGGGUCGACCGAAUGGGUUGAGGAGCACGUCAACGCGCUCACGGAGACUGCCGUCGCCUAUCUGAACAUCGAUGUCGCCGUUUCUGGCCCUCGCCCAAGUCUCUCCACCACACCGGAGCUUCACACCAUCGCCACCGAGGUGAUGAAAAAGGUUGUGCACCCCAACUUUGGCGGCUUCAACCGCAGCCUGUACGACGCCUGGCGCGAGGCCUCGGGCGGCAUUGUGGGAGCACUCGGUAGUGGGAGCGACUACACUGCCUUUGUCCACUCUGGUAUAAGCUCAGUCGACAUGGGAUCAGGUGGCAGCUCGCAAGAUCCCGUGUGGCACUACCACAGCAACUACGACUCGUACUACUGGAUGUCGACUUUUGGCGAUCCGGGCUUCCACAUCCAUGCUGCCAUGGGCCAAUACUUGACCCUCCUCGCCCUGCACAUAGCCGACGAUGAGGUCAUCCCUUUUGACCUGCCCAACUACGGCAAGGAGCUCCGGGCCUACUACGACGACCUCGUCGACUACGCGGCCGAGAAGGACGCAAAGCUGGACCUCGCCGAGCUGGCCGACGCCAUCGGGGUCUUUGAGCGCCGCGCGUCAGAGGUCAAGACCCUGGAGAUGCUCGCCGUUUCCACGGACGACAAGGACCUGAUCAAGGUCGUCAACCACAAGUACCGUGACUUCCAGAGGGGUUUCGUCAGCCAAGGGGGGCUGCCGGGGAGGAACUUUUUCAGGCACGUCGCGUUUGCGCCGGGUUUGGACACGGGGUACGCCCCCACGACGUAUCCGGGCGUGACCGAGGGUGUCCAGUACGGUAACCUCUCCAUCGCGCAGGAGUGGGUGUCCAAAACGGCCAAGGGCAUCCAGGCCGCCGCCAACAUUAUCAAGACGUAGGAUAAUAAUAAUCCAGCAGGCAUGAAUGUUUACUACCAUAUGCAUUCGCAGCGACCAUUUCGUAAUGUUGAAACAUGUUGACGCUACACAAAAGACCCAAGUAAGCCGAAUACCCUGCAAAGCACUCAAAACACCC